AUGAGCGACAAUCAGCAUGACAGAGGCAUGGCUUUGUUGAAAAGGGAAAUCUUGUUGCUCUUGAUUUUUGUUGGUGUUUGUGGCUUUUGCAAAUGCAAUGGCUCUGUGUACAAAGUUGGUGAUAGUGUUGGGUGGACUAUCAUGGGCAAUGUGGAUUAUAACCAAUGGGCAUCUUCAAAGACCUUCCAAGUUGGUGACACUCUUGUUUUCGAGUAUGAUCAAGCAUUUCACAACGUGAUGCAAAAGGUGGAGAUAAGGGUGCCAAGUUCUUCUCGGCCCACUAUUCCAGGCCCAGCCCAAGCUCCCCAUGGGACUGAAGAAGCUCCUCAGGACCAUCCUAUCAAGUCGGUUGGGCCAACCCCGUCUCCAAACGGUGCAGAAUCCAUUCUUCCUAAAAAUGCCCUGUUUUCCGCUAGUGUUAGGCUAUUGCUUCUACUUAUUUGGGCUUACAACUGA